GGUUUCGCAGCAGAGCCGAAGAAUCACUUUCGCAGAGUAAAUUCACACGACCGUUUACGCCAUUCUCGAGUGUUGCAAGUGGCCACCAGUUCGGCACGCCAAAAUUAGGCAACUAGACGAAACCAGAGGUCCAUGCGCGCGUGAGAUUCCUAGACCCCCAAACCUGUACACCAGAAGAGCGAAGCUGUCGGCGCAGCCGGCAAGACGUUUGAAAGAUGCGGGCGACACCGUCGCUCAUGAGCAAAGGCAUAUGGGCCCGGACUGUGGACGAACUCAAACGACGCGCAAGCAUUGUCGCAAAAGCCGAAGGCAUCAAGGGCCCCUCGGGACCAUAUCUACUCCACGACUUCCGCGUCCCCGGCUCUACCGACGACUGCAAAAUCAUGUGCGACCAAGAGAUUGGCGGCUUCUCUCACGGCGCUCUCGAAUGGGUUCCCUUUUCUUCGUCCCCUACAACAACGACCACCUCGCCACAGAGCAACACGACAAGUAGUACAAAAGGCUACGCUCGCUUCCACGGCACGAUAUCCACAGACCUUCCCAAAAACGACCCCAAGAUUCAACGCACAGGAUACGCAGGAUGGCGGACGCCGGAGCAACGGGCGACGCUGUUGGGCAGGUCGGCUUGGGACAUCGACCCCUACUCAUACCUCGCGAUGCGCGUCAAGUCGGAUAGGCGGAGCUACUUCAUCAACUUGCAGACGGACUCGGUAGAGCCGACGGAUCUGCAUCAGCACCGGUUGUUCGCGAAGAGGCCGGGCGAAUGGGAGACUGUGUUUGUCAAGUGGAACGACUUUGUGCGGACGAAUCAUGGCUUCGUGGUCGAACCACAGACGGAGAUGCUGCGAUCCAAAGUUAAAACCGUCGGCUUUGGGCUGACGGAUCGGGUGCCGGGCCCGUUUGAGUUGUGCAUUGAGAGGAUCUGGGCGACGAACAACGUCGAGGAGGUGGUUGAGGAGAGUGACGGGGACAUAUUCGCCGCGCAGGAGGCAAGGGAGACGAGGAGGAGCGAAUUGCGGAACCGGGAGGGGAAGAGUAUUCGGUGGAAGGAGAGGUGAAGCACGAAGUUCAAGACCAGGGGAAACGGCUUCAAUCGUGGUGUGAGGAGGACCGAAUUAAGCAUAGAGGGGGGGUGGGUGCUAGCUGAGCAGGCCCUCGGCAUAAGGCCAAUCCAGCGAGAAAAGUCUACUCUGCUCAGCAAACAGAGGUUAAGGGAAGCCGACGGCUUUUCAGAGCAGAUUCUCAUCCAGGGUAUUGUAGAACAUUCUGUAAAAUAUCACAACAUACAGUGCAUCGUAAUAUGCAUUCGAGCAGUGUUUGGG